AUGGCAUUCCUUGCCAUACUACUCCUUGCCACUAUCUUGGUGCUCUCUUCCUCGACCUCUCUUACUAUUGUAGCAACCUUGCUGCUCAUCCGUGCUGCUGCCGUCUCCGCCAAGGAGGAAGAGGCUUCAUCAGCCGCUCCCCUUACCUACUCCCCCAUUACCAUAGUUUAUGAGACUAGUGGACACAACACCAAGAGCGGGAUUACCGUCGUGGCGGCAGGGCACAAAGUUCCCUCGUCCGCCACGCCCUCUACACAGAACCGCAUCGUGUCAGACUCGUCCGCCGGCACUUUCCCCUCCGCAACCACACACACCGCAGACACCGCAGACACCGAAGACACCUCAUACACGGCUGCCACUUCCAUGGCUACCGGCGGCACCACCGACAAGGACUCGAUAGACCAGAGCGAGACGGCCACGAUCCAGACCGCACGUGGCACGCCAUCACCCACGAAACAACAGACCUUUUUUGAGGAGUUGAGGAAGCUUCCGUUCGCGCAGGCCGUCCGGGACUUGGACCCCGUCAUCGAGAGCUGGAAAGCGGAGGCCGCCGACGGGCUUCCACGCCAGCCUCCCACCGUCCCCGGCAGCAGCCGCACUCCCGUCUGUCUCCACUCGUUCGUGGAGGAGGAGGAGGAUGACCAGAUCCGGGACAGCGAUUUCGAAGACGGCCUGGACGUGUUCGACCACGCGGAAGCCGAGCCGCAACCCUCCGGCAUUGCCAAGGGUAAAGGCAAGGAGAUGGAGCCUUUCGACAACCGCAAAUGUCUCGAAGGAGUGCCUCGGUUUAUAGGGGAGGGCCUGACGGUGGAAGAGCUGCGAGCUGAGGCCAGGCAGCAGAUGCUGUUGUCAUGGGCCUCAUGGCUCGUGGUCGACAACACGGUGGAGAUCCGCAAGGAGAGCGAGGAGAGCGAGGAGAGCGAGGAGAACGAGGUGGUGGGGGAGGACAUUCAGAAGUUGUUUGACUUGGAGGACUGGUGA